UCACCAGCAUACCCACUUUCAUCCAUUUAUUUCUUUUUGUUUACUCAUACUAUAUGUGUUCAUGGGUCAUGGGUGUAUCAUUUUUAUUUUUUUUCUUAGAUUUGUUUUGCAUUUAUAAUUGUUAGCGACAACUAAUGUGAAUGUUUUUUUUUAACAAAUACAUGUAACAUUGUAGCAUGCGUAGAAUAUAGGUAGAACAUAUGUAUCAUGAAAAUAUUAAUGCAUUUUCCAUUUUCAGAAUAUAUAUAAGUUGAACUAAUACAGUAAUACCAGGGUUAACAUAAUAAAGCCAUAACAUAAAGUUAGGCCACUUACUUAUCAAGAUUAAUUAAAUUUAAAACCUUGUUAACUCAUUUUAGAUACUCAAAAAAAAGCAUAUUAUCAUGAUAUCAUCAAUUCGUACUACAAUUCUUUUGGUUUUUCUAGCAAUUACUACAAUCAAAGACUUUAAUCUCAUUUCUCAAUGAAAAACCUAGAUUCAAAUUAUGCUUUUGUGUUUUUAAACAAUUUUACAGUUAUCUUUACCAGUUACCCCACUCACCCCACUCACUCCUCCAGAAAUCUCCCACUCUUUUACAGUUUUACCCCACGUAGCAACCCAUUUCGACACGUGUCCCCCAUGUGUCGUCCUCUAGAACACCCUCUUCACCACUACUUACACACUCCUUUAAACCACUAAAACUUCCUCUUCAAUCUUCUUCAUUUUCACAACAUAAUCAAACAAAACAAAACAAAACAAAAGUUAGGCAAGAAAUAAUGGCUCCAAAAAAAGGAAGGAGAGUAGUUAAGACUACCACCAAAGUUGUUCAAGAAACAAUUGAAGUCAUUUCUCAAGUUGGAUCACAAGAAGCCCAAACCCAAGCCCAACUCCAAGCCCAAUUCCAAUCUCCCCAGCUCGAAGUCACCGAGAAAAGGGAGGAGCAAACCUCCGUAACAACCAAGUCAAUCCCCAUCGAAGACGACGACGAAGACGAGACCCAAGAAGAGGAUGCCCAACCCAAUAAGCAAGUUAAAAAGGAAAGCCCAACAACACCAAACAAAGCCCAAGAGGUAAAGAAGGCGGUAUCGACAACGGGCCGAAAGCGGGGGAAGAAGAGGAAAGGGGAAGGAGGAGGAGAAGGGUAUAAAAGGUAUGUGUAUAGGGUGUUAAAACAAGUGCACCCGGGUAUGGCAAUAACGUCAGGGGCAAUGACGGUAAUUAAUAAUUUUAUGAGUGAUAUGUUUGAAAGACUUGCUAUGGAAGCUUCUAGACUCAUUAAGUAUAGUAAGAAGCAGACGAUGUCGGCGAGAGAGAUACAAGGUGCUGUUAAGUUGGUGUUACCUGGUGAACUUGGUAAGCAUGCUAUUGCUGAAGGGAGUAAGGCUGUUACUAAUUAUAUAACCUAUGAUUCUAAGAAAUCCAAGGAGUUUACUAAGUCGUAAUAUAUAUAACCUAUGGUUUUUUUUUUUGGUAGGGUUGACGUUUUAAUUUGUUUUAGGGAAUGUUAUUGGAUUAAUUAAUUACCUGACUUGUUUAUGUUGUAGGAAGGCCCCACAUUUUGUUGUUGAUGUACAAAGGGGGUUCACUAGGUUUUUCUUAGGUCGUGAUCUUUGAUAUUACAUUGUAAUUAGUAUUUGUGUAGGUUAUUAUGUUUAUUUUACUAAUUAUGUUGCUUGAUUUUUGGUUAUGUUUAGGUUGUACUUAGGGUUAUGGUUAAGCAAAUAAUUAACAGACCGUCCGACU